UAAAAAUAAAAAUAAUAAUAAUAAUAAUACAUUCGAACCUAGUGAUUUAGCCUUGGGUAGCGAUAGUCAAUGAACGGAUCACAGGAUCUAAUUUUAAUUAAUUAGAUUAGAUUGGAUUUGUUCAUGUCUAAAUAUUCAUCGGCAUAGAUUCAGUAGUCAACGCGCUCCUGAGAUCCACCUCUCGACACGUAAUUAACUCUUCAGUGACGAAGGUGCGAAAAUACAGUAAGCGGUCUGCGAUAGAAAACAAGUAUACACUCUACCUAAGGAGACUUGAUUAAACUCGCAGGAUGAAGACAUGGAAAAUUGAUCAAGAUUGGGAGGAGACUCGGCAGUUCAUCAGAACAUGCCCCUGUGUGUCGCAGGACCCCCAGCAAUGUACCAGGUGUGCAGACACCUUCGAUUCUCACCUGGACUACCUGACCCACACCUGUAGACCCAAGGCGCUGUACCAGUGUUCUCUGUGCGGACACCUGUAUGUUAAUCAUGAUGAGCUUCAGUCACAUGUGUGUACCUGUCGUCCGAAGGAAACUCAGAAGCCUCAUGUUGAACGAAGCACUGGUCAAGAUUGUGUGUCUAAUGAAGAUAGAGAACAUGUGACAGGUGUAAUCUACCCCAAAAGCAUUUCGGGGAAAAAAAUCACAAAAGGAGAGAUGAAAAAAAACAUGGCUAGAUGGAAUAAAGCCGAGAAGUCCAUGUCAAUAAUGGAGAGAGCCAGUUUUCUGCUGGCUAUUGAUGAAAGCCUUUCAGGUGACGGAGGCCCUAUAGUGAAGACAUCGAAAGGGCUGUAUUUUGCUUUAAAGAAGAAGCAGUCAGCGACAGCUAGCCAUGUUCCUGCGACAUCGAACAACAGAGACGGGACCAACGAACAGGAAAUGACAUCGAACAGCAGAGGCGGGAUCACAGAACACAAAACAUCAAACAGCAGGGGCGGGACCACAGAACAGGAAACAUCGAACAGCAGAGACGGAACCACGGAACACGAAACGACAUCAAACAGCAGAGGCGGGAUCACAGAACACAAAACAUCAAACAGCAGGGGCGGGACCACAGAACACGAAACGACAUCAAACAGCAGAGGCGGGAUCACAGAACACAAAACGACAUCGAGCAGCAGAGGCAGGACCACGGAACACAAAAUGACAUCAAACAACAGAGGCGGAACCACAGAACAGGAAACAGCGAAGAGCAGAGACGGAACUACGGAACACGAAACAACAUCGAACAGCAGAGGCAGGACCACGGAACACAAAACGACAUCAAACAACAGAGGCGGAACCACAGAACAGGAAAUGAAAGGGUUUCAAAUCAGUUCUUCUAAUGAUGCACAAGAAGUUGAUGGUCAGUCUGCAGCAAAUGACCAGUCUACAGUGGAUGGUCAGUCUACAGUGGAUGGUCAGUCUACAGUGGAUGGUCAGUCUGCAGUGGGUGGUCAGUCUGCAGUGGAUGGUCAGUCUACAGUGGAUGGUCAGUCUGCAGCGGAUGGUCAGUCUACAGCGGGUGGUCAGUCUGCAGCGGAUGGUCAGUCUACAGUGGGUGGUCAGUCUACAGUGGAUGACCAGUCUAUGGUGGAUGGUCCAGCUAAACCAACACAAAGAAAAGAAAAGGGGGUCAAGUCAAGAGCUGAUCAAACAAAGCUCAUUCAGAGAAAGACUCAAGAUGGUGAAUUGAGAGAGAUACCAAGCAAAGAUGAGCAGAAAUUGGAAAGUGGUGGAAGAUCCAGGGAAAACACAGGUUGUGAUACGAAUGUUUGUGAUGAGAAUUUACAAGGCUCACCACUGAAACGACCUCACAAACCUGUCACAGCAUAUCCAACAGAAGCAGAGGACAACGAAAGUUCCGAUGAUGGACACAUAGACUCAUCGUACUCCACUGUUUCACAUCCAGAGAGAAAUGAAAAAAAUCAUCCGUUUAUUACUAGCCCUGUACGAGGUUCAACAAGUAUUAUUGCGUCAAACGCAGACAGAAAUUUGGAGGGGAGAAGAAAAGCUUUCAGAACAGCUACAAAUUCUGUGGAGAAAUCUGAUGAAAUAUUCAGUGCAGAUAUGAAACCAAACCAGUCAAAACCCCAGACACCUGUAUGGAAGACGAGGUUAGCGGCUGCUCAAGACAACAGCUGUCUUUCUGAACUUCUGUCUAAUCCUCCAGCUGAUUCUGGUCACCAACCAAAGGAGUGGAUAGAUACAAAUGAGUGGAUAGACACAAAUGAGUGGAUAGAUUCGAAGCUUUGGAGUGGAAUAGAGGAGAUGUCUAGUGCACAACUUCAACUGAACCAACCCCAAAUCUGUACACCUGCAAGACUGACUAGGUCCAAACGUGCUAAACUCAACAGCUGUCUUGUUGAGCUUCUAUCUGGCCCAUCAGUCUAUGCCCUACAACAGCACACUCCAGGUGAGUCCGCACGCCAGCACGCUCCAGGUGAGUCUGUACGUCAGCACAUUCCAGUUAAUUCCACUAAUCAGCACACUUUUGUUGACUCGGUAAAUCAGCGCAUUUUAGAGGUUAACUCGUUGGUUGAAAACACCUGCUCAUCCACAGAGAAUUUGUCUCAACGUGAAGUACUUCAUCACUCAGUGUCUCAACAGGUGGACGAAGAAGACCUUAGAUAUGUGAAUAUUUCACAGGAGCAAGAAGUUGAUACAAAGAGCUGCACAAUGUCAAAGUGCAUCUCCGAUCUCACUUCAUCUCAUUUCCAAGGUGUGAUUCCGAAUGAAUUUUCCAGUGAAAAAGUUGAUAAUGUUGCUGUUGUGAAAAGUGAGCCAGUGGACUUCAGUUUUGAUGCAGGUCUUCUCUACAUGGACAAUGCGGAGGAACCCCUGUCUGCUUUAUUACAGGAACAUUCUGGAUCUGCUGAUCAUUGGGUGAGAGAUGGUGCUGGUGAAGAAAGAGACGGAAAUUCCGAAUUGUGGCUGUACAGUUGCAAAAUGUGUGGCAAGAGGUUCAGACAUGCUGGAACAUUAAAGGUACAUGAACAUCUACACACGGUGGACAGGAAAAAACAGCAGUGUAACAUCUGUGGGAAGUCCUGUACAGAGGCCAGGUAUCUGCGGACUCAUCUCAAAACACAUAAGGAGGAGCCCGAGAACCAGGCCAAAAGGACACUCCGAUGUUUUAAAUGUGAGGAGAGUUUUUAUCACAACGAGAACUUCCAGAUUCACAUGAGGAUGCACUUCCAGAAGAGGCUCUCGUACUGCUCUGUGUGUGGCGGCGGGUUCUACCACAACUUUCAGCUGAGGAACCACAUGAGAAAUCAUAAAGAAGUAAAGAUUGCUCAGAACAAGGAAACAAACAACACGUCUUCGUCUCCUGCCGAGAAUAACACGUCUCCUGCCGAGGGAAGGAAGAGGAAGUUCUCGAACACCAGGGAGACGUCUCUUCCGACGGAACAACUGAAGCUGCAGCUGUCGGACACUUCGGACAUUAUAACCCCACUGGAUCUCGCUCCACCCACCAAGAAACUCAUGCAAGCGAAGGAAAUGGGGGAGACGCUGAUGACUGGCCCGGGAAGGAAUGUCAUUUCUAAAUCUGCCUCCAAGUUAUUUUCCAGAAAUCUCAUCACACAACAGUUGACGGAGUACGACCCUCAUGAGCCGAAGUCUGAACCAGAUACGCCGGAGUCUCAUCCCGAUCAACCGGAGUCUGACCCAGAUAAGUCUGAUCCUGAUCAACCGGAGUCUGAUCCUGAUCAACCGGAGUCUGACCCAGAUAAACCGGAAUCUCAUCCCGAUCAACCGGAGUCUGACAACCAAAAUGUGGAUCAAGGGGUCUCUGUGCUCCCCAAAGAGGAUGAUGGAAAGUCGUCCGUGAUGGCUGAACCCGGCAGCAGGAGGCCGACACCCAGACACCCCGCCCUGGGGAGGAGACGGGGGAAAGUGGAAUCCGUGUACUCGUUGAGGUCUGGGCUCCAGCGCUGAUGAUCUCUGAUGAAUCUUCACAAUUAAUCCAAGUCUUUGAUGAGUGUCCACGAUUAAUCCAGAUCUCUGAUGCGUCUCCACGAUUAAUCCAGAUCUCUACAGAAAUGACACAACAGCUUCCUUCGACAAUCUCUACAGACACACAGACAGUUACACAGACAGACACACAGAUACACAGACAGACACACAGACAGAUACACAGAGAGACACACAGUCACACAGACAGAUACACAGACACACAGACAGACACACAGUCACACAGAGAGAUACACAGACACACAGACAGACACACAGACAUGUAAAGUGUGAUUGUGAUGUUUUUAUAAACACUGAAACACAGAUUAUGAUGUUUUUAUAAACACAGAUUGUGAUGUUUUUAGAAACACAGAAACACAGAUUAUGAUGUUUUUAUAAACACAGAUUGUGAUGUUUUUAGAAACACAGAAACACAGAUUGUGAUGUUUUUAGAAACACAGAUUGUGAUGUUUUUAUAAACACUGAAACACAGAUUAUGAUGUUUUUAUAAACACAGAUUGUGAUGUUUUUAGAAA